UUUCUUUCCUCUUUUGAUUUUAAAGUUCAGUCUUCAAAUACCCAUUUAUAUACAUAAUCUAAAUAACUACCUAUAUACCGUGAGCCGUACAUGUGUCGAAAAAUACACAAACUUUUUAUCGUUGUCACGAGUAGCAACAAAACGAAACUUUACGAUCAUUUUCGUACUCAAACGUGUUUAUUGAGUCAUGACGUUCCUUAUCUUGGGAUGUUUGUGUACAUUUGAUUCGCGUUAAACCGCAUGACAUCGGGGACGACGCCAGUUGAGCUACUGAAUUGUCGAGAAAUAUACGAAUAAAAGAUGAUCAAUAAGGUAGCAUUAGUGACUGGAUCAAGCCAAGGAAUCGGUUUCGCUAUCGCGAAAGAAUUCAUGAAAAGAGCAAUAAAGACAGUAUAUGUGACGGCAAUGACCGAGCAACUAGGCAGUAAUGCCAUUAGGAAGCUCAAAGUUGAAGGUUUCAAACCUGAAUUUCAUUUAUUAGAUGUAACUGAUCCAACAAGUGUCAAAAAAUGUGCGGAUUACGUGCUAGAAAAACAUGGACGCUUGGAUAUCCUGGUCAAUAACGCAGGGAUUACUGUAAAAGAUCUGGAAAAAAUCACUUAUGAUGAUUCAGUGCGAGUUCUUAACACAAAUUACUACGGUAACAUAACCGUCGAGAAACAUUUCUUUCCAAUCCUAAAUCAGAACGCAAGAGUCAUAAACAUCGCCAGUAUCUGUGGACACAUUUCUAAUCUCCGAAACAAAUAUUGGAUCAGCAAGCUGACAAACAAACAUUUGGAGAGAGCUGACAUUGACGCAUUCGUCAACUGGUUUCUAGAUUCUGUAAAAAACGGGACGGUAAAGACUGAGGACUUCUUCCAAACUGAGAUGCUCGCUUACAGAAUUUCAAAGAUAGCGUUAUGUGCGUUGACUAUUGUGCAGCAGAGAGAGAUCGACAGGAACAUUUCCAUCAACUCUAUACACCCUGGGUUCAUCAAGACGUCAAUUAAUCGAGGAAUGGGUUUUUAUUCAGAAGAACAGGGAGCCAAGGCUCCAGUUUAUUUAGCUCUAGACGUGGACCAGUCGGUGAAGGGGCAGUACUUUUGGCCAAAUAAGAAAACAGUUUUAGAAGCGAUGAACUGGAGCAAUCCUGAGCUACCACUUUACUUUGACUAUGAAAUUUUUAGGAAAAUGGAUUUGAAUAACAAAUAAUUUCUUAAGGUUUGCUGAUAAUUUAAAUUGCUUACAUAAUCGUUUUUUAUUUACAAGUUUUCCAUUGCAAGUUCCACCUAAAUAAAAGUAGGUAGGUAAAUUAAAUAGGUAGCAAAUGAAAUUACUUCUUAAAAAAGUUUUUGGCAAAAAAUCAUUUUAGGUAUACGCUUUUAUCGGUGACUGUACUUUUCUUUCUACUGGCAACUAAUACUCAUCGAAACAAUUCUAACAACCCGAAACACAAUGAGUUUGCGUUGUUAUUUCACAGAGUUCCAUGGGUACCUGCUAUUUCAAUCAUCAUCCAAAACCACCGACCCACCGUGUUCGUGUUACCAUAAUAUUGCAUUUUCAGAUUUACCCACAUUUGUAUGCAAAAUUUCAGACCAAUCGCUUCCAAGCGAGCUUCCAAGAUUUUAACCACACUAACAUACACACAUACUAACAUGGCAAGUAAAAUAAAAGCUUGUAAAAAUCAACAUUGUUAAUAGAGGGUGGUUUAUCUCGUCGUAUUCUUUCUAUUCUUAACACUUCUAAUGUUUCGCCGUAGCCAUUGUGUGUGUAUGUAGCCAUGCACAGCCACAAGGUGCCCGUGAGCAUUGCGAGAGAUUUUAACGGUGCAUUCCUCAUGGCAACAGAAACAAAAAAUGUUAUAUGACUUUUUGUGAAAUUCGAUGAAAAAUUUUUUUUUUAUAUUUUCUUUUUUUUUCCCUUUUUUUGAACACUCCUACAUAAAACAUAAUUUUAUUGUUAAACACAUAACCUAAUAUUAACUAAAAAGUUUUUUUUUGGGGGUAGCCUCUCGAAUACAUUUUCUAAAUUUUUCAAUGUCAAUCAAUAGGCAUGUCCAGACUAGACCUCAAAGUGGCAAUACCGCAGUCAAAAAAGUAUUUUGUACCGACUUAUGGCGAAAGAAUGAUUUCGAAAAACAUUUAAUUAUCUCUGAAACUAGGCCUAAUCCAGAAAAUUCUAUAAGACAGUUUAGUUUCUAAAUAUUACCAGGAAUGCUUAGUUAAAAUGUCUCGCAAUGCUCACGGGCACCUUGUAUUAUACUUUAUAACAUGUGGCAUGUUCUGCAUAUGCCACGACCUCAGUUACAUGACUGUUAUUGU